UGAGCUCGUGAGCGACAUGGAGGCGUGGACAAUAAACGUAUUUUUUGGCGGACAACCCAGCUGCAAAUGCCACAGAGUGAUUUCAAAGCGCGCUGAAAUAUUUUGAAUUGGUAAACACAUCGCGACCCUUGAAAGUCCAAUGCUAGGUUUAGCAUGGCGCUCAUCUGCACAAAUAGACAAUAUCAUCAUCUGCCCGGCUAACCGGCCUACUAAAACACUCGGAUGAAAACUGACUGGCAAGCAUGCAGUUACAUUUAUUAUUUUUUUUUGUCUGACUUUCCGCAUAAGCAAAGCGAAACUUAAAUGCGAUGCCGCUAUUUCUUUACAGCUAACGCUGCUUGUUAGACUGUUACAUUGCACUUGCCAAUGCAUAUUUAAUAUUGUGUUUGUUUACUGCUAGAGAAGUGACGCUUUUCAAACACCAACAAAACCAGUGCAACUGAAUACAGCUUUUGUCAAAAAAAAUAUUUUUAGGAAUAAGCUGUAGGUACCGCCUGAGCACCUCACAGAAGCACAAAAUGAACGGAAAAGUCCUACCAGACACUCCUAUAGCCGUUGACUGCUGGCAGCUCCGUAAGUGCCAUCACGUCCGUCUGUUCUUUCUGUCUCACAUGCACGCGGAUCACACCUCUGGCCUCUCAUCCACCUGGAGUCACAGGCCCAUCUACUGCUCACCUCUCACUGCCAAACUGCUCCAGCUCAAGCUGAAGGUCAAAGAGAAGUGGAUUCGUCCUUUAGAGAUUGGGGAAGCUCACAUGCUGAUGCUAGAUGAUCUUGGAAAAGAGCGUCUGACCGUUACUCUAAUAGAUGCCAAUCACUGUCCUGGGGCAGUUAUGUUUCUCUUCGAGGGAUACUUUGGCACCAGACUCUACACUGGUGACUUCCGUUAUACCCCAUCCAUGCUCCGUGAGCAGUGUCUGAGGAACAACACUACCAUUGAUGUGCUGUAUCUGGACAACACAAACUGUGACCCCACUCGAGCUGUGCCUUCUCGUCAGCGAGCCACUCAGCAAAUUAAAGAGAUCAUUAGGGCUCAUUCUGGAUAUGCUGUCGUUAUUGGUCUUUACUCUCUGGGUAAAGAGUCUCUGCUGGUGGAGCUGGCUAUGGAGUUUAAAACAUGGGUGGAGGUGGAUAGGGAGCGUCUGGAAACCUUGCAAGUCCUGGAGCUCCCUGACGUUUUCACCACUGACUCUGGUGCGGGCCGUAUUCGCGUGGUCUCUCAGUCUGUGAUCAACGCCUCCAACUUGCAGGCAUGGAAUAAAGUGCAGCCUACCAUCGCUAUAUUGCCCACCAGCCGCCCUAUGGUCUCCUGCCACCGUAAUGUCUAUGUGGUGCCAUACUCGGAUCAUUCCUCCUACCAGGAGCUAGAGGACUUUGUGUCUGCCCUUCGUCCUGUCUCGCUAGUGCCUAUUGUGGGCAACUGCCUGCCUUAUUUUUCUUCCCUUCUGAGUCCCCGCAAGAAGUCUAAAGAGGUGGUGAUUCCAGAAUCGGUCAAGCACUACAUGAUGACCAAUUCUAAUAUUCAGGCCUCCACAAACGGCAUAACAGGCAUGCUUCAAAGAACAUCACGUUCAGAGUCUCGAGGGGUGGUGUUUGACUCUCCAGAGUCAAAAAUAACCCGACUUAGUCACAAUGACAGGGAUUCGAAUGAUGCAGAGGUAGAUCAUGAUACUAUAGAUGGGAAUUCUGAGAUGGAUCAAGAUUCUGACUGCGUUCUUCUAGACAUGAGCACCGACUCAUAUCACGGCCCACGUGGCAAGCGUUUGAAUCUCGUCCGAGUUGCAUCAGAAGAUGUCGUCACGAUUGGCAGCAGCCUUCCUCCGGAGGACAAUGAAUCCAUUAGUACACUUAAAGAUGUAGGAUCACCUGAUCGCAGCUCCAUGUACGAAUGUGAGCAUGAAAGUCCAACAAAAUCAUCCAAGGAGAAGAGUCCUCAAAUGGGCAGCACCAACUCUAGAGCGAUGUGCUCUUCAAUGGACAGCAUCAGUAUCCAUGAUCAAACCUGUGUUACCGCUUCAGCUGCACUCACACCCCCUGAAACAAGAUCAGUGACCUCUGCCUUGACCCUCAUAUUAGAGCGAGAGCAGUGGCUCCUUCAGAACUUCACCAUACCUGCUGAAGAAUGCAAAAGUGACCAGGUGUUAUGUGGACAUCAUGAAAAGUAUCGCAUUAAUCAAGUUGAUCUUCCUAAACCACCAGGUGAUCCUCUUGAAGCGGCUAUAAAGAGAUUUAAAUCUAAUUAAAUCAGUUUGUGAUUAAGAUCACAUUUAUGUUCAUGUAAAUGCUUAAUUAUUAUGUAUCAGUGCUGUGCCAAUAACUAAUUCUUACAUACGUUGGAUCAAUUUGAUGGUAUUAUUUUCACCACAGAAACACGGAGGUUCUAAUGUCUGAAAUAUGUCAUCAUACCUUUGUUUUCAAAUGUAGCAUUACAAAGCACCUUAUUGUGUUUUUUAGUAUGAAAAAAAUGUCAUUAAAAGUGUUCCUUGUCAAAAUUG